AAAGUUGAAGGGGGACUGGGCGUGGCCUGCUGGGAAUGGGUGGGGAAGGGGCAGGCUCUUUUGAGUGGGCGUGGCCUGUUGACAGAGGUGGCUGGCCAGGGCCCUUCAAAGUGAGGUUUGUAGGGGGCAGGGCCAGGAAGAGGGGAAGGUCUGGGAGGACCUGGAGGGCGCAGCCCAGGGACAAGGAGGGGCAGGAGGGAGCCUGGACUUUGGAGGAUGGGGAAGGCAGGCCAGGGCCCGGAGUGGGUGAAGACUUCUCAGGACUAGGCCAGGUAGGCAACGAACCCCCAGGAACACUGGCCCAAGACAACGCCCUCCCCCAACCCCUGCACCCUCCAUCCACAGCCCGGAAGUGCAGCACUUUCUACAACCUGCCCACAGAGGAAUCUUCCCUGAGAAAGAUCUGCCACAAAGACAUCUGCAGAUGUGCAGAGGGACAGUGCCCAUCCCUGCAGAAGCCCAGUGGCCAAUUGAGGCAGGAGGAGCUCCAGACAACAGCAUGUGAGGCAGGCGUGGAUUUUGUGUACAAGACAAAGCUGGAAUCUGUGGAGGUCUCUGCCUCCAACCCUUACGUCUAUUACAACACGCAGCUCGAAGACAUCAUUAACAGUGGUACGGACCCUGCCACACCCCUGGCCAUGAAGAAAUUUGUCUCCCACGCCACUUGCCAUGACUCCCUGGGGUUGCAAGAACAGGAAUCGUACCUCAUCAUGGGCCAGACAUCAGACCUGUGGAGAAUCAAAUCUGAUUACAGCUAUGUUCUGGGCAAGGAGACGUUCCUCAUCCUUUGGCCAGCAGAUGGAGAUGCCAGCAAGAAAGAAUUGCGGGACCAACUGGAGGAAUUUUUGGAAUAUAUGCACACCCACGGCUGCCAGUCCUGAGCCUCUUCUGCUUUCAGGGAGGUGUCAUCAGGCAGCUCUGGGCCACUGGGUUUAACCCCAAAUAAAGAGCACAGGAUAUGACACCCAAA